AUGUACAGCGGCUUCUUUGGGCAGAGUUCUUUUGCGCGCUUGACUGCCGUCCACAAGAGCAGCAUUGUCAAAGUGGCCCCAGACACCAACCUUGAAUUACUUGCGCCACUGGGCUGCGGUCUCCAGACUGGUGCUGGUGCCGUUCUCAACACUCUCAAUGUUCAGCCAGGUAAGACUGUGGCUGUAUUCGGCGCUGGUUCCGUCGGCAUGAGUGCAAUCAUGGCUGCCAAGAUUCGAGGAGCAAAGGAGAUUAUUGCGGUCGAUAUCCAGCAAUCCAGAUUGGACUUGGCUGCAAAGCUUGGUGCUACUCAGACCAUUCUUGGAAACGACCCUGACAUUAUCGCCAAAAUCCAGAAGGUUUCACCACCCAAUGGUGUCAACUACGCCGUGGACUGCUCCGGCGUUCCCAAGGUUGUAGAAACCAUGGUAGACUGCCUUGGUACCCGCGGCAAAGCCGCCUCCGUUGGUGCUCCAACUCCUGGGCAACGUUCCGGUAUCGACGUAUUUUCCCACCUUGUCAGUGGCAAAGAAUAUGUCGGCUGUUGCGAAGGAGAUGCCGUACCAAAGGACUUGAUUGCCUUCCUCAUAGACCAACACGCCAAGGGCAACUACCCGAUCGAAGAACUUGUGACGACGUACGAUGUAAAGGACUUUGACAAGGCCAUCAAAGAUACCAAAGAAGGACGUGCCCUCAAAGCGGUACUUAAAUGGGCGUAG